AACGCUCUAAAAACAGAACGCGGGCUAAUGUAAACUUCAGAAACAGAGGAUUUACUUACAAAGUUUCCAUGCAAAUAAAAAUUUAACUGUGGAACCUCGUAACAUAUGUGGAAGUAACGUUCUGUCGAUGCUGUGCCACAACAGAAGAGUGAAGUUUUUCCUCUGAGCUGCCAUAAUGAGAAGAAGAGCUGAUGUGGGGUUGACACCACUGCAGGGGACAAAGAGGCAUCGUGAUGACAGCAGCUCAGAUGAAGAGUCGCGAUUAUCCAGACAAGACUCGAGCCAGAAUGACUCUCUCAGUGACCAGGAGGAUCACAGACCGGGGUUCUCAAUGCCCUCCAUAUCAUCAUCAUCCUUUGAUUCCCAAGACACAGAUGCCCCCUCAGAUACAGCCUCAAAGUUCUCCAUGUACAACAGCGUGUCACAGAAGCUCAUGGCCAAGAUGGGCUUCCGAGAGGGCGAGGGUCUGGGGAAGUUUGGCCAGGGACGAAAGGAGAUCGUGGAGGCUUCUACCCAGCGAGGAAGAAGGGGUCUGGGCCUCACGCUGCAGGGUUUCCAGGGAGAGCUCAAUGUUGACUGGCGUGAUGAACCAGAGCCCAGCGCUGUAGAGAAAGUCGACUGGUUCCCAGAAUGCACCACUGAGACCCCCGACGCAGAUGAGCUGAGGGACUGGAUGACUCUGGGAGGGCGGAAACUUAAGAUUGAAGAUGAGACAGAGUUCUGCACAGAAGACCUCCUGCACACUCUUCUACGAUGUAAAGCGGUGUUUGAUGACCUGGAGGGCGAGGAGAUGAGGAGAGCACGGACACGCUCCAACCCGUACGAGACGAUCCGAGGAGGUUUCUUCCUCAACAGAGCAGCUAUGAAAAUGGCCAACAUUGACCACUGCUUCGACCAGAUGUUCACCAACCCAAAGGAUUCUCAAGGGAAACCACUGACGAAGGACCGCGAGGGCGAGCUUCUGUACUUUGGUGACGUCUGCGCGGGGCCUGGAGGGUUUUCAGAGUACAUACUGUGGAAAAGACGCUGGCACGCCAAGGGCUUUGGCAUGACGCUGAAAGGACCCUGUGACUUCAAACUGGAGGAUUUCUAUGCAGCGCCGAGUGAGCUCUUUGAGCCGUAUUACGGCGAGGGAGGGGUGGAUGGAGACGGUGACAUUACUCGGCCUGAAAACGUGACUGCUUUCCGUAACUUUGUCAUGGAGAGUACAGAGAGAAGAGGGCUGCACUUCCUCAUGGCAGAUGGGGGUUUCUCUGUGGAAGGUCAAGAGAACCUUCAGGAGAUCCUGAGCAAACAGCUGCUACUCUGUCAGUUCCUCACUGCCAUCUCGACACUCAGGACAGGUGGCCACUUUGUCUGUAAGACAUUCGACCUCUUUACCCCCUUCAGUGUGGGUUUGGUCUACCUGCUCUACCUCUGCUUCGACAGGAUCUCGCUCUUCAAGCCUGUCACCAGCCGGCCUGCCAACUCUGAACGGUACAUUGUGUGCCGAGGUCUGAAGCCUGGUUCAGACGCUGUCAGGGAAUACAUGUUCAAAGUCAACCUGAAGCUGAACCAACUGAGAAACACAGACACAGACGUCACAGAUGUGGUUCCGCUGAGUAUCAUCAAAGACGACACUGACUUCUACCAGUUUAUGGUCAACUCCAACGAGAGCCUCUGUGCCGUCCAGAUCAAGGCCUUGGCUAAGAUCCACGCUUACGUUGUAGAUCCGACCCUUUCAGAGCCGAGGCAGGCCGAUAUCAGGAAGGAGUGUCUGAAGCAGUGGGGGAUCCCAGACAAGGCCAGAGUCACUCCUGCUUCCUCAGACCCGAAAUCAAAGUUCUAUGAACUGAUUAAGAAUCCAGACGUGGAGUCGUUCCAGUGCAAGCUGACGGCCCUCAGCUCCAACACACUUGAUAAGCUGCGUCACAUCCUGGACCACAGGUGCAUUGUGGGAGGUGGAGAGCAGAUCUUUCUUUUAGCACUAGGGAAGUCUCAGAUAUACACGUGGGAUGGAAAGAUGCCUGUGCGCUGGAAGAAGAUGGAGAAUUUCAAACUAGAGCUGCCAAGAGAUACACUACUGAGCGUGGAGAUCGUCCAGGAGCUGAAGGGCGAGGGCAAAGCUCAGCGUAGAAUCAACGCAGUUCAUGUCAUGGAUGCACUAAUACUGAAUGGCACUGAUGUAAGAGAGCAACACUUCAACCAGCGCAUCCAGAUGGCUGAGAAGUUUGUGAAGGCAGUGGCUAAACCCAGCAGACCAGACAUGAACCCUAUCAGAGUGAAGGAGGUUUACAGAUUAGAGGAAAUGGAGAAGAUCUUUGUCAGACUAGAGAUGAAGGUAACAAAGAGCUCAGGAGGCGUCCCCCGUCUGUCCUACACCGGCAGAGACGACCGGCACUUUCUUCCCACAGGCCUCUACAUCAUUAAGACUGUCAACGAGCCGUGGACGAUGGCGUACAGUAAAAACUCCAAGAUGAAGUUCUUCUUUAACAAGACAACCAAGGAGUCCACGUACGAAAUGCCGCCGAACUCCGCUGCUCCCUUUCACGUUUGCCACUCUGAGCGGCUCUUCUGGGCCUGGGUGGACGGGGUCAUAGUCCACGACUCUCAGACCCGCAUGGACCCCGAGAAACUGUCCAAAGACGACGUGCUGUCCUUCAUCCACCAGAACUACCAGCCCUGAACGCCUCGUGAAGUCUCGUCAGCUGCAACCGUUACGCAGAAUGCACUAAGGCUAUAAUGCAGUUGGUUAAUAAAUAUUUAAUUUGACAACAAGGGUUGUUCAGAAGACUUUACAGGUGAUAAGCAAUCCGCUCUUUGUUUUUUUAUUGUCCAGUUAAAUAUCAGUUAACAAACUGCUUCAUGACCAAGAUGCUCCACAUUAUGUUGUUCAGAGAAGCUGUUACCAGGUUGUGAAUGCAGCUGAAGUGAUGAAUUGUUUGCUGCUAUUUCCAGCAGCCAUGUUUGGAUCUUUGUAAGCAAAAACCAGUCUGUCUUUCUGCCUUUUCUACUGCCCUUGGCUCUUUGAAUUGUAAUGAAUAGGACUCGCCUCAUAAGGUGCUGCUGUUGUCUCUACCAUUGAACUGCAUGUCCCUGUAGAUCCAGUUUUUCCAGUCCUGUCCGUGCUGUGCUUGUGUGUGUGUGUGUGUGUGUGUGUGUGUGUGUGUGUGGGGGUCACAUUAGCAACGACAGGCUUCCAAGUGUUAAACUAUGCAUCCAUAUCUGUAAACACAAACACACUGUCUUGUUUGCUUGCUACAAACCUGCUGUAAGCCCGGCUGGUCCUCAGAAGAUCUGGUCGUCCGGACUCUCGCACCAACAGGCUGCUUGCUCUUGCAAAUCUGCAGCUGGAGCCCAAAUACAAGAAACUCUUUUACCGUCUUCUGGCUUAUCCUCGACAUAUCAGUGACAGAUGUAGCAGCAUUCUCCUGUCCUGCAGUGUGUGUGUGCUGAAAAUUUGGAAGUUGUCUUGUUAGUUUUUAGGUCGUUUCUACCCUCGACGCCUCUUUAUGAUUGUGCCUCAUGUGUCCCGACUGUGUGGUUUUGUUUUUGUAAUGCUGCAAAUGAGUUGUUUUUGCCUUGUAAAGUUAGCUCUUAGUCCCUUUGAUGUAAAUAAUAAUAAUAUUAAUGUAGUAAAUAAAUGGGAGAUGCUGUUCCCAGAACAUG